CAUAAAUAAAUACUACGUUUUCGGUAAAAAAUUUAUAAUAAAAAUAACUUUAUGUUUCACAAAUACAAAAGACAAAUUUUAUAAAGAAAGAUGUUUUUUUUAUUGCAAAUGAUCAAACUUUCUCAAUGUGGCAAAAACUGGAUAAUAUUUUAACCAUACCAAUGGAAACUAAAGUGACUAGUAAAACCAGCAGUUUAAAAGCUCUUUUGCUACGAGCAUGGCGAGAACGUUGGACUGAUUUGCAAUGGGGUAUUAAUAUCAAAACAAUUCUUCCAAGGGGAGUAAGUGGUGAUGUACACAACUUAGCUGAUUGUAUAUUACAACAAGCAUUAGUUGGACCAGGACCUAAUCAAUUAGUCCUGUCAUAUCUGAAACAUUCAUUAAGCUCUCAGCUGGUGUCAUAUGCAGCAGUGUUGCAGCGAAUAAGUAAAUAUGAUGCAUUUCACAAGCCUCAUUGCAUCUUGAGCUUACUCGAGUUUCUGGAAUCAAUACAAAUCGGUAUCACAUGUCGCGGUAAACCAGAAGAGGAUCUUUUAGCAGCAGCAGUUUUAUCUAUUGUUCAUUGGCUUUUACAAUGUUACCUACAUGCAUUAACAAAGGCACCCCAAAGUAAUCCUCUUACUCCUCAUUUGAGUGAGUUAAUAGACAAACCUGCUAGUAUUUUGCAGCAGGUGUUGAAUUCGGAUUUUUUAUGCGCGAUGAUGUAUCUUGCUAAAUAUGACGACAAAGAUUUAUAUAUAGAUGUUAUGAAGAAAUGUCAGGAAAUUGAAUCAUUAUUGAAAACGUGCAAUCAAAAGUCUGUGGUGCCAAUAGAAGAUUCUCUAAAGAAAUUAUGCAAUUUGGAGAUUGAGAGUUUUUGCCCUGAGAAAAUUAAAAUGGAGCCCAUUACUCAUUGCUUGCAACCACUAUUUGCUGUUCAAGUGUUAUUGAAUCCUAGCACCGAGACGACUGUAUUUGUCAAUCAACUGUUAAUGGUGCAAAUUAAAAGUUAUACGAAUGCACGACUUUAUUGCGAGAUAAUUCGCGCUUGUUUGAUGUGUCUGCACAAUGUGACAGGGACAUUCAAGGAAUCACAGUGGGGAGCUUUCAUGUUUCUCAAAGUGCCUCUCAUAUUAAAGGAGUUGCACGCAACUACUAUAAAUAGUGAUGAAAAAUUUGAGUACUCGCAAGAUAUUUUAGAUGCAUUCGAAUUGCUGCUUCAGUUUACACCUUUGCUCGAUAUAAUGGACUCCACGUGCUCGUGUAAUUAUGUAGAAUGUUUGUUAAAUGAAUUGCAGAAGGUAAAUCUUGUGACGGAAAAGCAGACGAAGCAAAUAAGCGCGAGAAGGGAGGGUGUAACAGCAGCCCUCCAAAAAUUGGAGCCUUCCAGCACUCCAACAUCGUCUAUUCCAAAAGUGAUUAUAUGCGCGGAACCGACUUUAGCCGGCAUUCUGAAGACGUUGAAUGCUGAUUAUACCAAAAGCUCCUUACUGAGUAUGCUGUAUCACGUUUUGAACAGUUUUGAAUUAAUGCUGGCAGUGGCAACUGUAGAAGGGAAACUGAAGACUUUUGUUACCAAACUCAUUAAGCUUAAUGAGUCCAGUAAACAGAUUAAUGAGCCUGUGCCUGGUAAAACAGCAGCGACGAGAGCAAUGUCAUUCGAUGUAUCAUUCCUUAUGUUGUGCUCCAUAGUGCAAACAUAUGGCUCUGAUGUCGUCUUAGAAGAAGGUGGAGAUUCGUUUUUUGAACAAUGGGUGCGCGAAUGUAUGCCUGAACGGAAGAAACCAAAGUCGCCGCAGAAGAUGUUGCAGAGCGUUGAUCCGGCGAGGGUGGACGCUCUGCUAACGCAAUUAAAUUCGCCAGAUCCUGAUUUCAAGUCGAGUAAUCUGAAAUGGCAUGUUGCGUGCCAGUCAGCGAUGGGCGCGGUAAAGGAGUUGCUCUGCGCGUGGGAAAGCGGUGUCUUGGGAGCCGGUGAUGUCAAGAUGGCUUUGGACGGUUUACGCACAGCAGCGUGUUGUCUGCCGGUCUGUGCCGCAGCAUGGCUUUGUGCGUACAUGAGCAUUACGCACCAGGACGCUCUGUUGAAACCUAUGAAUAUGGUCCAGCAUUUCCUGACGCCAUUGCCGAGUGAUGAGAUGCAGGACAAUCUUAAAGAGAGAUCUAGUUUAAUGUUUCAAAUUAUUCGGAAAAUGCAAUAUGACGUACAUCCGCCCACACAGUCGAAAACAAAAGUUCUCUCGAUGUCUCACAGUAUUAUAUCACGACAACCAAUAUUGGAGCAAUUGGAAUCCGUUUGGCAGAACAUAAAUCAAUGUGGAUGGAUAAAUAUACAAGCCACACAAUCGCUAGAGUCUCUGUUAAAUACCGGUGGUUCUUUAUGGUUUGUUACGAAUAUAAUUAAAGAAGUACUGAAAUAUCGUUAUCAAGAAGAAUUGGAUCAGGCUGUAGAUCUGGCUUUUGCCAUCUUCCAUCUUGAUAUAGAGAAUUGCACUCUAGAUCUUAUAAAUCACAUAAUACCGCAAUACUUGGACAAUUCGUUACAGAGCGAUGAGCUUGUAGAACCACAGUCGUCUAUCCUGGCAAAAUUAUGUGUGUAUUGUAUAUUUUCCACUUUGGAGUACAAUAACUCGAAUCCAUAUCGAAGUAACAGUCGCAAGCGUGUGCGACGUGAUUUGGACGCGGACGAAUUAGACCCGUUAGGCAUGUCUAAUAAGCUCUUGCGAUUAAAUGAGGGAGGUGAGAGUGUUCCCAUGUUCGGGUCGCAGAGUCCACAGGCGCAGGGUUCAAAUAACGGACAAAAAUCUAUGGUUGUUUUGAGAGAUCCGCUCAUGACUGCGUUGAAUAAUCUAUUCACCAUGUUUGCUUUUCUAGCUGGUAGAGAUGGCGAGGUGUGCCAGCAGACUCAUUUUAUAUUUCAGUUCCUACGAUUUAUAGUACAAUGCGGAAAAGACAGAACUCGUAUCGUGUUACAGGGAAUGCCGCAAACUCUGGUACCAUGUCUUCUCAAAGCAUUACCUGAGUUGUUCACGACUGAUAUUCUACUACGAUUAUACGAUAUACAAACCGUAAUUGGUCGCAUGGCAACUGCACGAGACUUGUGCAUGUUGCGGAAUAUUAAUUUGAAGCCUACAAAAUAAACAUAUAGCUGUUUGAUCUAAAGCGGGAUGCAUGUUUUUCUAAAUCAAAGCAAUUGUAUGUGAUAAAAUACACUAAGCGUUUGAGAAAUGUCUUUGUGGAUGUGUGUGACAACUGCGUUAUUAAAAAUGUAAAUAUUCUAAUACAUUAGAACACUUCAGAAAUGUGAUAAGUUUAUUAUAAUUUAUAAGCUGUAUCAAAAUAUGAAAUCAAAGGUAAAUUGGUAACAAACAAAAUUAUAGAUUUGUCAUUAUUUUACUAUAGAUUCUUCAUUUAUCACAUUUAGUUGCCAAAGUAUAUACAAAUGUAUCUAGUUAGUGAAGAAAAUAAAUCCUUAUUAAAAUUUU